AUGGCUUCCAAGCAAUUCACUCUCGAAGAACUCGCUGACCACAACAGCAAGAAAUCGUUGUAUAUUUCAAUCAAAGGCAAAGUUUAUGAUGUAACAAAAUUCAUUGACGAGGCAGGUUUAGAGCAUUUAGGAUUCUGCAUAUUUAACUUUUGUUCGCUACACCCCGGAGGCGAAGAAGUCCUUCUUGAUGAAGCAGGUCGGGAUGCUACAGAGGCAUUUGAAGAUGUUGGACAUUCCGACGAAGCUAUUGAAAUCUUAAAAGGGUUAGAAAUUGGUGAAUUGAAAGAUGGAGUCCCGCCACCUGUACCAAAACCCACUCCAAAACGUAUACCACAACCAAAAGAGGAAUCCAG